AUGAGGAAGGCAGCGCUGAUGGUUUGGAUCAGCCUUUUGCUGCAAGUUUCCCAUGGUGCUCAGGGUCAAUAUGCCCGCAAACUUCUGAAUGACCUGAUGGAGGACUACUCCAAUGCUCUGAGACCUGUGGAUGACACAGACAAAGCUCUCAAUGUGUCGCUGCAGAUCACUCUGUCCCAAAUCAAAGACAUGGAUGAGAAGAACCAGGUGCUAACCACAUACCUGUGGAUCAGGCAGGUCUGGCAUGAUGCCUACCUGAAGUGGAACAAGGAGGACUAUGAUAAUCUGGAGAUGAUCAACAUCCCCAGCGACCUGGUGUGGAAGCCGGACAUCGUCCUCUACAACAAAGCAGAUGAGGAGUCUGGAGGUGCACCCAGCACUAAUGUGAAGCUGCGAUACAACGGAGAGAUCGUCUGGGACUCUCCAGCCAUCACAAAGAGCACGUGUGUGGUGGAUGUUUCCUACUUCCCCUUCGACUGGCAGCACUGCAAGCUCACCUUCGGCUCCUGGACCUACAACGGCAACCAGGUGGACAUCAGUUUGGGCAUGGACAGCGGAGACCUGUCGGACUUUGUGGAGAACGUGGAGUGGGAGUGUCACGGCAUGCCUGCAGUGAGGAACGUCAUGAUGUACGGCUGCUGCUCCGACCCUUACACUGACAUCACCUACACCCUGCACCUGAAGCGUCGCUCCUCCUUCUACAUCUUUAACCUGCUGCUGCCUUGCUUCCUCAUCUCCUUCCUGGCCCCGCUGGGCUUCUACCUGCCGGCAGACUCGGGGGAGAAGGUUUCCCUCGGGGUGACGGUGCUGCUGGCGCUCACCGUGUUCCAGCUGUUGGUGGCUGAGAGCAUGCCGCCUGCAGAGAGCAUGCCCUAUAUAGGGAAGUAUUACAUCGCCACCAUGACGAUGAUCACAGCCUCCACCUCGCUCACCAUCUUCAUCAUGAACAUUCAUUUCUGCGGCGCUGAAGCCAAGCCGGUCCCUCACUGGGCGAAGGUGCUCAUCAUAGACUACAUGUCCAAAAUAUUCUUUGUCUACGAGGUGGGGGAGAACUGCACCACGCCAGAGUGUGAUAAGACCCCACUGUACCCCGAGGAACCCUUGGGCGAUGAUGACGGCUUCCAGGAUGACCAUUUCCACGACUACCGUUAUGACAGUGAACCUUACAGGUACAGCAACGGCAAUGGCGUGAGUCAUCACAACAAGCGUCACAAAAGCCAGGCGAACGCCAACGGCAACGGGCGUCACCACUACAACAACCACAGCAACCACGCCUCCAGACUGGAGAGGGGGGAGGGGAGGAGAGAGCACACGCACCACAUCGGGAGGGACGAAUUGGACUACCAGGCCCCUCCUCGUCCUCCAAACCUCCAGCACCUGAACGGAGGGCUGAAAGAGCAGCUCCUCUACUCCACAGAGAAACUUCAAGUCCCAGCAUGCCCCUGCUGCUGCCCAUGUGUGGAACAUAAAGAGGUGGUGAAGAACAUCCAGUUCAUAGCCAACUACUUCCGCGAGCAGAGGGCGACUUGUGUCAAGGCCGCAGAGUGGAAGAAGGUCGCCAAGGUGAUGGAUAGGUUUUUCAUGUGGAUCUUCUUCGUCAUGGUCUUCCUCAUGAGCAUCCUCAUCAUCGCCAAGGCCUCCUGA